AUGGGCGCAUUCAAGCUCGCAUGGCGACUAAUUGUCCGAGCCGGCAGUGGCUCGCCAAGCUGCCAGUCAAAGCUCUUGGCUGAGACGGAGCUGCGACCGAUCCAACUAGGGUUCACGGAUGAAGCGGAAUGCGGCACUGCCAAGCACGAAUCUUGGGGGGAACCAUCGAACUCUAGUCUAGCUGCCACAAGAGAACUUCCACAAAUGGAGCUGGCUGUUUCAGAACGGUUGCCAAGAGCGCGGAUGUUUGACUCCAUCGUGGCUGUGCUGCGCUGCUCGUCGGCUCGUCUUGGCACCCCAGCACCAACCGGUUUCUCUGCUCAUGUAUAUCAGAUGUUCUUGGCGCUCGCAUGGGUGUCGAGACCAGUCUACGGCCGGUUAUUUACCCAACCGAGGCAUGUUGAGUCCAUACGUCUGGCUUGGCACCGUCCCGCCACCAUCCCCUUAGAUGGUCUGCGGAAGACCGGUGGAAUGAAAAUCGGUCUGUAUUGGGAUUCAGGGGCUUACACGUGGCUUACAGACUCUGUCAAAGUUCAGAGCUCUUUGGCGGAAAAUGAUGGCUCCAAGUCUUCUUAUAUUGUAGACACUGUCGAUCUCCUCUGCGCGUGGAAGAACGUGAUGCGGAGAGACAUACCGAACAUCCACGACUCGCUACACAGACACCAUGACUUGUCCAAAUCCAAAUCGUCCGUCUGCUCGUUGUAG